AAACUUGAAGCAUAGUGUUUGCAGGCAGGAACUCCCCAGUGUGGGCUAUUUUCCAUCGGCACCAACUCCCGUCGCGUCAAAGCCAGCUCUUGCAUGUCGCGAUUAACUCGAUUACUUCAUGCUACCGCGAGAGGAUCUGGCGCAUUUUAUCACCAUUGCCAAAAUGCCGUCGCAGGCCGAGGCCACCCUUCCGGCAACGCGCAGAGCGCGCAAGUCGAUAUGCGGCCGCUCACCGACGAGGAAAUCGGCCGACAGAGAGAAUGCUACGGUCGACCUGGGCAGCGCUAUGGCAGUCGCCAGUCGCAAGAAGUCGUCGAGAAGCAAGAGCAUGGGCCCUGGCGGGCUCGACAUCCUUAAGCAAGGCACCGGCAACCGCAGAGUUUCUCUGGCCGCGCCAUCCAAGCCGCCGCCGCGGUCAAUUCUUAAGCCGACGAUUCCCCUACUUCCAGAGAUCCCUCCUCACAAGCCGAAGCAGUCAAAUGCACCCAAAACCAGCACCCACCCCCUAGACAGCGGCGAGAAUGACGGGGCAGGUGCUGGGACCAAGGUGGCACUGCGGACCGAAGAGGAACAGCAGGCUGCUGCCCGUGAGCGUGAGGAGCGAGAGCGCGCCGUCAUGGAGAAGGAGGUCAAUGACCGCAGAGAGGCUCGCAGAAAGUCCUUAGCCAACCGCAGGGUGUCCUUCGCCGCCGAAGCGACGCUGCACACCUUUCAUGAGAUAGAAUACAUGCAGGACUCAACUACGUCCACCGAUUCAACGCGCCGCGCAUCUUCGGUGGCCGCCCCUUCGCCUGCCCCACGGCCACAGGAGCAAUCUGGCCCAGACGCGUCAGAACCGCAAUCUCCCCCUCAGGAACACGUGGAGGAAAAAGUCCCCGAGUCUCCAGCCGACCAGAGGGAACUCCACCAGAGGAAACGCCGGCGCAGCUCUGGCGCGGCGACUUUAAACUUUGAAGACGCAGAUGAUGACAAUACCAUCACUUCGACGGUGUACGAUUCCGACUUCGAACAUGCUGAUGAUGUCGCCUCGAUCCACGGAGAGGAAAUGACAGACUCCAGUGAAGACUCGGACGAGGAGGAUGGUACCCUGAUGACUGUUGAGGCAGAGGAAAUGACUUCGGCGUCAGUGGCGUCCACCCGCUCCAGAUUCAGCAUGGACUCUGGCGGAGAUCUCGACGAGAAUCUCCGGCUUGCAGCCCGCAUGGCAGCCACCCAGCGACCUGACGAAGACGAAGAGGAAGAGUUCAUCGCUGGGUUUGCGGGAUGGGGAAAAAAGAACCCUGUUCACGCUGAAGUGAUCCGGGAAGUUGAAGAAGUCAAUGCACCCAGCCCUGUCCGCAAUAGGAGUCCUACAGCAGAAGAUCAAGGGUCCGAUAUGGAGAUGGAGAUGGAGACGGAAAUGGACGUCGACAUGGACAUGACCAACGCAGUUGGGGGCAUUCUGCGCUCAAACACGUCACCAGACCAGGACCAGGACCAGGACCAGGGCCAGGACCAGGAAAUGGAUAUGGACAUGUCAAUGGAUGUGACCAAGGCGUUGGGGGGGAUCAUCCAAAAGCCAGCAGCACAGACGCGCCGAAAGUCGAUUAGGACACGCUCCCAGCCGGAGACAUCUGAGGAUGUGAUGUCUUUUGGCGAGCAGACCAUGGAGCUCACGGCGGCAAUUGGGGUUAUCCAGCAUGGCAGGGUUUCUGACGGGAGCCAAUUUGACACAGACGGCAAUGAGGAUAUGUCCAUGGAGCUGACUACCGCAAUUGGGGGUCUUUUGCCGGGCAACAUCUUCCAAAGCAGUGCGCAGGAAAGCCGUCGGCGGACGAUUGCCACACGAAACGAAGCAGACUUGCUGGAAACCGCAACACAAAUCCGAAAAGUCACAGAGGCGGAAGCCGAGGAGGAAGCAGGUGUUGAUGAGACGUUUGGGAUGGAUAUGACCAUGGCUGUGGGCGGCAUCAUCAAAGCCGCCGCACCCACUCCUGAGGCUAGGUCGGCAGCGAAAAAGAUCAUGGCGCAAGAGGCCGACGCGCCAGACCAUUCCGUCACAGCAUCGACUGAAAUAAUUUCGUCUCCGAAACGUCGCGCGUCUCUAGUCGUGGGCGAAAAUGGCAGUCCCGAAAGGGCUCCAUUUCAAGGCAAAGGCCUUCGCCGUAGUCUACCUCGCGCUACCUCGCCGGGGGCAAGAUCUGUAGCGGAUGCAUCGAGCUCGCCUAUCAGAACUCCUUCGCCGAGCAGGAGCCCCGUGCGAAGCACGCCAUCUCCGCUGAAGACGCCGCCAGCGAUGAUAGGGAGUCGAUCCAACUCACCGAGGCGCCAGUCCUCAGGCAAAGCAAAGACGACCCCUCACUCUCCUUCCAAAUCAAGGCUCUUUCACCAGGACCCAAACACCGGGCUCAAUACCCCUCGUGUGGUUCUGACUCCUCAGGGCCGCCGGCUUUCCGGGCUCGGUGUUGAUCGGUCGGGACUGGGAUCCCCACGAGUUGCCGAAAUAUUCGACCGCAGGACAUCUCUUGGCGACGCGGCGACAAGUUUCAUUCCAAGCAAUGCGAACAAUACUCGCCGUGCCGUCGUGUUUGCAGACCCUCGGGCAAUAGAGGCCGAAAUUGAUAGGGACCGGCUGGACGAGGAAGAGAAGGAAGACAGCCGCAAGAUUCUACAGCGAGAGGCUGAAGGGCCCCAGGACGAGGGUGACGCCACACUCAACCUGAGGGAGAGGAUUCAGGGACUUAGUCCCAAGAAACCUGUACUAUGGGGUCGCAAGAGCCUACACGUCGGCAGCGCUAAAGGCUUGCUCGGGAAACGGCCUGCUGAACUAGACGAUGACGAUGACUCGGAGAAUCAGGACGGCGUGAAACGGCUUAAGGGGCAUCAAGGCAGUCCGGUGAAAAAUGUCAGGUUGCAGUCGCCCCCCUCCAAAGCGGAAACCACAACAGGUCGGAAGACACGCGCCGGCCUGAGGAGCACAGCGCCCGCGGAUGCCAACACCAUUACGCCGACAACUGCCGGAUCUCCCAGUAGAGCAACGACGCCCCGGAGUCAAGGCCGCUUCCGGAACGUCGAUGAUAAACUAACCAAUACUGUGGAUUUCGGGCAUACCGCCCACGCCCCCGAGGCUGAAGGCGACGAGGAAGACGAUGGAGAACGUAUACACCUCCAGGACUUCCUCAACAUGACGAGCAUCCGCUUCAUGGAGCUCAACACGACAAAGCGGAGGCAUACAAUUGCUCCGAGUGCACCGCGAGACAGCAAUGCCUCAUCAGACGGGAAAGAAGAUUCUUGCCACGAACUGAAGAAGUAUAUCUCCGAGGGCCGGAGGAUUGUGCGAGAGAUCGAAACCGAGACGUUUGAGGAAAACCCGCCUCUGUUUCGCGAGUACAUGUCUGCGACUCCCGAGGUUAGGGUACUUAUGGACAAUCAGUUCAAAAACGUCAAGACGCACGCUCGGCUCCUCAGCAAAGCCAUGUGGUACGAGUGGCGCAUGAAGCUUCAGGACGGGCUCAAGGAGGGCUUGCUCAAGAUCUCGGAGGGCAUGGACAACGACGAGCGACUCCUGGCGAAGCAGCAGGAGCUCCUCUCAUCAGUUCUGCCAGACAUGGUCAAGCGGUUCGAAGCGCUCGAGCGAGAGCAUGAGGAUCUCGAGGCUGCCGCUCGAGAGCUCGCCGACUGCGACCCGGAUGAGCUUGAAGCAGCCCGCGUAGACCUCAUCUCGGCGGAGAAGAGCAUCGCCGAGAAGACCAAAAGGAUUGAGGAGCUUCGUCGAGAUCUAGAAGAGUCUGAGAAAUGCACCGACACGCUUACGAAGCAGAAACAACAGUGUGUCGAAGAGAUCAAGGAGGCUGAUAAAAUCCGAGAGGAAUGCCGAGGGUGGAGCUCUACCGAGAUUAGCAAGUUGAAAGCCCGAACGGACGAGAUUGAACGACAGCACGGCUGGACCAUCACAGGAAUUUCGGGCAGUGUUGUCUCGAUGAGCUACAGGCGUGAAAUAGAGCUCGUCUUUGACACUACACUAUUCCAGGAGCGGGAUGAGCAGGAACAACAGCAACAAGAUUCGCGCAUCGAUCUAUGGUACCUUGCCGAUAAGCGCGAGCUCAACCCGCUGCCGGCGACACCAGAGAAGGACUUCUUUCUCCAGUGCAUCCGCGACCACGUGCGGGGGAUGAUGAUGGCGCCCUCUUCGUCCGCUCUACGCGUUAGUCGCCUGCUCAGCACCGUCAGCGCGUCGUGGGACAAGGCCAACGCGGUGGCCCGCCACGUCCGCCUGCUCAACCUCUCCUUCCCGACGUCGGUAGCCAAGACGUCAGACGCGUCCAUCGCCAUCCGCUCGUCCCUGCUGCUUGUGCCUCUCCAGACGCGCGCUGAGGUCGUCCUUACCUUGCAGAGCGUGCCGGGUGUCGCUGGCGAGGCCAUCGAGGUUGCCGUCAUGCCCGACGCGCGUGUCGUCUACGGCGAACCGUUCAAUGUUGUCAAGAUGAAGGACUUCCUGGCCACCAAGCUUGGCGGCUGUGUCCUAGGCACAGCCAGCGAUAGGAAGCAGCAGUCCUGGAGUGACGUAGUGAGCGAGUUGCACCGACGGCUGCUGGCCAGGGGAGUAAAGGCCCGGCAAAAGUAAAUAAUUAGUUCAUUGUAUUUGUGUAUGGAGUAAGGGCGGAGCAUGUUGAGUAUGCGAUGCAUAUCUUUUGCGGUCUGGGUCUGGGUCUGGUCUGAUUGGGUACUUUUGGGUGGAUGGGAUGGCGCGGAUCUGAUACCCCCUCGCUUUGGAGAUGAAUUAUGUGUGAACGAAUAAUAAGAGUUGUAAUUUGGCCUCCAAUGCCCAGUAUCAUUACUGUUCACUAUAGGCAUUCGGCCAUGUUAAGGUAAUAAACCACUGGUUGUAUAGAGACUAUGACUAGAG